CUUUCAUGCUCGUGGCGAGCGGGCUGCGGCGCCCCUGCCACCCGCCCGUGAUUUCCGACCCGCCGCGGUGUGCUGGGGAGCCCGAGCUGGUUGUCAUAGGGAGGGGUCUGUCCAAAGGAUCUACAGAUGAUUGUUUCCCAAGGAAGAGAGGAGAUCUUCCAGCAAGUUUUAUGAAAAACGUACAGGAUGCCAUUGACAAUUUUACUUGUGAAACUGUUUCGUCACGGUCUUCUAGCAGUCCUAUAACAACAACAGACUUGAAUAAUUCUUGGUCUGGAAUACAAAGCUAUACUACUGGCUUUUCUACGGAAAGAAGCUCAAUUUACUCUUGGAGGGAUGAGGAAUUUGAUAAAGCUAAUACGCAAAGAGUGCAUCGGUUAUUUUGGGAUGUGGAUGAAAUGUUGUUUGAAGGAAAAGUUAGUUCUCAAAUCCAGAGUCUGCAGGUAGAAUGUAAAGAGUGGACCAAACGAUCUCUCCAUCUGAGGAUUUUAGGAAAACAGCUCCUUUUUCCUAAUGAUGAAAGCUUUCAGCAUUUUCGGAGCAGAAUUACUAGCUCUGUGUAUACCAGAUCUUUACCAGGCCUCUGUGAAAGCACUAGUAACACGAAAGAGCUGUGCAUUUCGGGAUCUAAACUGGUUCCAAUCGUAUCACCAGUACACAGAUCAUUAGACUAUAGUUCCCCAAGGAUUUCUGUUUCUGACUCAUCUGAGUAUUCAUUCCUGGAAGAGGAAAUCUUUGAGGUGGAUGGAAAAAUUGAAGAAUAUUUUGCUUUUGACAACAAGGAACUUGAUGAUGAGAGUUUGGAACAAAAGAAAGGCCAGCUUGCUCGAAGGAGGAAUAAAGGUGGCAUUCCUCCUGUUUCUCCCAAUGCCUGUAUCAAAGACACAGUGGCUGCUGAAAUAUUUGAUUGUGUCUGGAGGAAUAUAGUUGAAAUAUUGGAGGAGCUGAUUAGAAAAAAUUGGGAAACUGCUAUCACAGAGAAUGAUAAGCAGGUGGAGAAAUUGAAAGCUAUUACAAGUAAAUUGCCACAUCUACUGAUCUCCCGUAUUACAGCAGAUACAGCAAGUGUCCCCCCCUCAAGAGGCUCUGAGUCACGAAGCACAUCUUUUGGUUCACAUUUUGUUCCAGCUCAGGUUCACCGUUUCUCUAGCAAUUUCUAUAGUGAUUUAAAUGGCGUGAUGACAAUUCAAGCUAAACCACUCCAACAGAGGCAUACAAGCUUGGCAGACAAGAUACAGAAUGAAGAAGAUGACAAACAACAUAGCAUAGGCUCCAGUGUACUCAAUUCAGUGCGGAACCGGCGGGGGCGAAUUACCGAUAACAAUAUUCUCUCGUCAUCUCGGGUACAGCAGACAUCUAGGAAAAUGCCAACCCAUCGUAGACUACCAUCUCUCACUUCAGAACCACUAUGCACAAAGACUCUUAAUAUGUACAGUGAUGAAGUCCUGAGGGGAACUAAACUGUGUAUUGGCUUAGAUCGCUCGUCUUCUCCAGUUGUACAUACAACCCGGACCAAGUUACCACCAAUAAACACAGAGACUGUUGAACAGUAUCUUUCAGUACCUGGAUCACGGCACGGCUUUCAUAGAGGGCGCCAUCCUCACAGUAGAGUGUCAAGUGCAGUACCUGACAGUACGGAGCGACGACCACUUAGAGAACAAACAGUCAUUAUUGAUCAGUUUUCAAGACCCAACACAACUCACACAUUCAGGUCAGACACCCCUCAUAAAAGGUCAUUGACGACCAUGGAUUUUGCUAACAAUACAUGGACAGGUCAAGGCUUUUUAACAGGCACGCAGCAUUACUCCAAAUCCUUUCAAAGAAAUCCAUCCACUUCCAGGAAGAGAUUUCAAGUAGCUUCCUAAUACAGCUUGGAAAGAGAAAAUCUAUUGCAUUAAGUGGAGGACUACACUGCUUGGCCUAAUAGCUAGCCUUACAAGGAUUGAAGAAAAAGUAUUGCAGCAUAUUGUAUGCUGCCUAGUCUUCCACUUAGCAUAUGUAUAUGGCAUUGUUCAAAAGCAGCAUCAGCAGGGAUUGGAUCACAAUGAAAAAGAAAAUAAAACCAGUGCUUUAAAUCUGGACCGUAAGAAUUCAGUGUCUGUUCAAGGUAAAGAGGAGGUCACUCACUCACUCUAUAUAUUUGGGAAGCUGUUGGCAGAAGCAAGUAACAAUCUACUUAAGUGCCUGUAACUGUAUUCCCCUUCCCCUCUCCAGCGUUACAGGUAUUUUGGAUCAAUCCUUCCUUGAUUAUGUACAAAGUUAAUGUCUUUUGAAAUAAGAAUUUGUACUAUCCCUUGUUUAUCCCUGUUAUGCCAUUUCUCUUUUCUAGUCUCCGACAGUUCCUGUUGCUCUUUGUAAAAACUGCCUGUCCCUUGCCUUUCUUCCUUGUUUAAUUUAUCUUCAUCUGAACAGUCAUUGGAGAGCUGGAUUUCAUUCAUUAUGAGUAAUUCAGCUGUUCGGUAUGUUAAGUGUUUUUGUAGCUCAAAUGGAAUCAUUCUCAGGAAACAACAGUAGACUUGUCGGACUGAAUUAUUCCAUAAAUACGCCAGAACAGAACCUGCUCACUGAUCUGUGAGUAAGACACUUUGCGCUAACUAGACCAGUUAUUAUUGACAUUUUAAAAUGUCAAAUACUAAUGUGAAACUUAAUAAAAAUUCCUGUAUUUAAUCUUUUACUUAUUUAAUUUACUUAAUGAAUAGAGGCAGCAUUUCAUAUUCCUUCCAUCUGUUUAGACCAGAACAAAAACCAGAGUAACCUAAAAAAAGUUUAUUAGCAUUAUCUCUAGUGCAAUAAUGCCUAGAGGGCACAGCCAAGAUCAGGUUCCAAUGUAUUAGCACUGUACACACAUAGUAUAGGUGACCACCAGUGCCCCAGAGAGCCUACACUAUAAAUACACAAGAGUGACAUAAGAGUCGGAUGGGAAACAGGGGCACAGAGAAAUGUAGUGACUUGCCCAAAUCAUCCUGCAGGUCACUAGCAGAGUUGAAAAUCGAAUCCAGGUCACCUGAAUCCACGUCUGUCCCUGUUCAUGGAAAAGCACUACUACUUAUCAGCCUUUCCUGCAUAGGAAAUUAUCAUGCAGCACUGUGAGAUGCACCUUAAUCUAAUUCCCAGCACCUUAAUCUAAUUGUUCCCAGCACCUUAAUCUAAUUCCUUGUAGAAGAGACAAGUUGGUGCUGAUGGGGAAUGCUCUGAAAUGUGGCUAGCCUCAAUGAUUUGGCAAUAAGUGGUUCUGAGGUAUUUAACUUGCUCUUGGUAUUGAUCACAUGACGGUGGUUCUUCAAAAUACUUUUCUACCCAUGCUCAUUUCUUGUGCGGUGGUGGUGGCAAAUGUCUUGCUGUCCUUACAUUGCCACUUUACCAGAAUCUGUCUGUUUCUCUGGUCAACUAGCAGCACACUUGAUAUAGGGCUUCUUCAUAGUGAUGGACAUAGCUAACAUACAGUACGUUAACCAUGUUUACAGUUGAACAGUCUGCAUGGAGAAGAAGGGUUAAACAGAGUUGUGUUUGAACUAGGAGAGUGCUUCCUCUUCCUGGAAACUGAGUGGGAAGUUUGGGGUAGGAUUGGGACACAUGGGGAUUGGGAUUGUGCAGGCCAGACUCUCUGGAUAUGAGCCUGGUGACCUGGGCAUCAGCUGUGUCCACGCUAUACGAUAUGUGGGCUUAUACCCAUGUCUCAAUAGGCUUGGACCCAUAUGCCUGAGAGUGGCUGUAGGCUGAAUAAGUUUCUGGCACAAUCAGAAGGCUUUGUGUGUGGGCAAUAAGGGGAUAUGGGCUUUAACCAGAGUCUGAACCUGGCAUCACUAUGGUGUCUAGACAUGUCCUAAAGUGUCUGUGCUGAGAAAUAACAGGGAAUGGGCCAGGCAACUGGCAAAAAGCCAGUAUGGAUGGAAUUAGGUAGCUGAUGGAGAAGACCACUGGAGAGGAAGCUGAGUUGGUAUAUAUUUUUGUUGAUAGAAAAAGCAAAAUUUGUUCAACAAAAUGGCCAUCUUACUGACGCAACAUGAACAUAAAUUUACUGGUUGGCGGCGGCAGCAUUAGUGGUAGCACAGGCUGUCAUGGGUGAGUCCCGAGGAAGACAGACAAAAUUUCUCCUGAAACAUGAUUCAGGGAAACAAUACUAGGCUAAUGAGUUAAUGCUAUUUUACUAAACCAUCUGAAAAUUGGGCAGAAAGUAAAAUGGGUAGGAGUCUAUCAAAAUUAUGACUAAUUUUUUUUUUAAUUCUGAAGCAGUCCUUUGUUUUAUUCACAAUCAGGGCAAAUCUGUCUCUUUUAUAAUGUUCCUUUUCUUGCAUCCAGGUGGAUUUGAUUAUUUGUGGUUGUCUCUGAUGUUUUCCAUUGAUAGUCUUGGGGUGAAGCAAAAUUAAAAAAUUGAGCCUAAUACCGUAUCACUGGCAAUCUUGGGCAGUGUGGCAAUGCCCUUUAUUCUUGAAUGAGUUAUCACAGAGACAUACUGUUCCCUGAUGAUUAACUUUUAUUCCAAGUGUAUAAGGCAUCAUUUAUUUAUACAGAAAGUAUUGCUUAAAUCAGGGGUCUCAAAAUCAAUUGAGCUUAGGGGACAGUGCCAGUCCUCAAAUCCUCCUAGUGGGCACCCUCCUCUAGCAGGGGUCUACGGAUGUGUGUGUCUGUACAUUCCUCCCACCCUGUGCAUCUCCAGCUCCUCCUGAUGUCCUAUGUAGCCCUGCCCAUGCAUCCCCUGACCCUGCCUGCCACCCCUAUGUAAUUUAAAACCUGCUGGGUGCCUCCCUUGGCUGCGCAGCCAGGCUAGAAUGGCUUCUGGUUGCUAGCUCCAUGCCACUGCUGGCAUGUCCCUGUGGCCUGGGAGAGGUGUGUGCAGAGCUGUCCUGUAAGCUGGGAAACGAUUA